AUGUCCGUCAAGACGAAUAAAAACAUUUCCAGAGAGGACUAUCUCGAUGCGACUCAACGUGGAAUCAUCAAUACGAUGAAAGCCGCGUCCUUUGGAGCCCCCGAGCACCAGAGGUCUCUCUCGGAUAUUGACAAGCACCGCAAGGCCGCGCCCGAUACGCCACUCGACCAAACGUCGACAAAGAAGCGAAGUAUUUUCACCAAGAAGCAAAAAUAA